AUGGUCUUGAUAUCACGACCGCCGCCGCUGCUACGGCCCCUGCGAGUUGGGCGACUGCCAAAUCAGUCGUCGCUGCGACUCUUCACCCAAAACCACCCGCUCCUUCUCAUCACGCGCACAUCGUCCCCUCGACCGCAACUUCCCUAUCUGUCGCAACCUUCACGGAACGCCUUUGCCUCGAGACAGACGGCGCGUUUCCUCACAACCGAAAACAAGAACUAUGUCAAAGAGCAGGUCUGGCUGGCUGCCAAGUGGUCCGCUGUAGGAUGGUCUUUCUUCUUCCUGGGAGUCGUCGCCCUUUACGGCAUCAACCAAGAAGUGCUGGAACGCAAAACCCCUUCCCCUGGUGAAUGGUCUUUCUUUUCGCGCAAUCACUUCAGAUGCGCCAACGCCGCUGUCAAGCCAGACCAUGAAUACACCGACUGGGCUCAAGUCGCGACCGAGUUCAGAAGGUGCCUGGAGAGACUUGAGAAUCCCGAUAUCGAUGGCAAGGGCACAACUCCCCUUGCCCCUGGCCAGGAGGAUAUUCGGGGCGUCAACCCCUCAGCUCUGGAUAUCUCAGACAAGUCGUAUGCAUGGAAGGAAGGCUAUUUCCAGGUCGUCAUGCAAUGCGCCCGCGCUUCCGAACACAUCGACAACAUGGUCCUCGACACUACCCGCGGCAUCAUCUUCCCAAUGGAUGUCGUGAUUGGUCCUUCAAACCCCAAUCCUCGUCCCUGCCCUCCUGGCGCUGAGUCUGCUCCUCGCGAGGNNGAAGAUUGUGGUAGAGCCUAUGCCCCACCUGAGACUUUCUACCUGAAGGUUUUGACUGGUGUCGGUUUCUCUAGCCGUCACAGAAUUGAGGCUGCUCUGGCAUACGCCAAUUGGCUUGAGAUCAAGGGUUUGACUGACUCUGCUGAUGAGACGUACAAGUGGGCUGUUGACAUCGCUGCUUCUGCUCUGCCUGCACCAGAUGCUGUCAUUGACAAGGACUCUUCUAUCCUUCGUGUACAGGAAGCGACCCCUCCUAGCCCCAAUCUUCUUCGUGCUGCAACUGCUCUUGCUACACAUCGCGCUCGUUCUGGCAAUGUCACGUCCGCUCUUCCCAUCUUCUUGUCUGUCCUCCGUGCCCGACACGCCUCACCAGUCGACAUUGCUCCUGCAACCAGGGCCGACUACACUCCCUUCUACGUCUCGGACCCUACAAACACUGACAUCGGCUCCUUCAUCAAUAUCGUCAAAUCUCUGUUCACUCCUCCUGCCUACCCUGCCGAACCUCCGUGUGGCGAUGAGCCGUUCUUGCGCCGACCAGCUUCGGUCCCUGACUGCGCCGAAGCCGAACUUAUGCUCUACAUUGGAGAGAUUCUUUUCGCAACCGCCUCGUCAGGUCGUGAAGACGAAGGUCUCGGCUGGACCAAGCAAGCUGUCGCCAUUGCUGAGCGUGGCACCUCUUCGAACGACAUCCUACCCGAAAGUCGUGAUAAGUGCAAGGCAUGUCUCGAUACUGGUAUCGCCAACUGGGGUGCAAUGGUUGCAAAGCUGUUGAGAGAGUCUCAAGUCAAGCCUGCUGCUUCCUCUUCAUGGUCUAGCUGGUUCUCAAGUGGCCAGGCAGAAGACAAGGAGGCAAAGUGGGAGGACGAACUGCGUGCUGUUGAAGAAACCCGCAUGAACCUCAUUGCUCAAGGCAUCAAUUCAAAACUUGCUGCUGCGCCUCAGCGAACUGGCACUUUCAUCGGUUGA